AUGUCGAACUCUCUGGACCAGCUCAAGGCCACCGGCACCGUCGUCGUCUGCGACUCCGGUGACUUCGCUACCAUUGGCAAGUACAAGCCGCAAGACGCCACCACCAACCCCUCCCUGAUCCUCGCCGCCUCCAAGAAGACCGAGUACGCAAAGUUGAUCGACGAUGCCGUUGCCUACGCCAAGAAGAACGGCGGCAGCGUGGACGACCAGGUCGACGCCGCCCUUGACCGCCUCCUCGUCGAGUUCGGCAAGAAGAUCCUCGAGAUCAUCCCCGGCAAGGUCUCCACUGAGGUCGACGCCCGCUUCUCCUUCGACACCAAGGCCUCGGUCGACAAGGCCCUGCACAUCAUUGACCUGUACAAGAAGGAGGGCAUCUCCAAGGACCGUGUCCUGAUCAAGAUCGCCUCGACAUGGGAGGGCAUCAAGGCUGCCGAGAUCCUGCAGCGCGACCACGCCAUCAACUGCAACCUGACCCUCAUGUUCUCCACCGUCCAGGCCAUUGCUGCCGCCGAGGCCGGUGCCUUCCUCAUCUCGCCCUUCGUCGGCCGUAUCCUCGACUGGUACAAGGCCGCCACCAAGAAGGAGUACACCAAGGAGGAGGACCCCGGUGUCAAGUCGGUCGAGGCCAUCUUCAACUACUACAAGAAGUACGGCUACAAGACCAUCGUGAUGGGUGCCUCUUUCCGCAACACUGGUGAGAUCACCGAGCUCGCCGGCUGCGACUACCUGACCAUCUCCCCCAACCUGCUCGAGGAGCUCCUCAACUCGACCGCCGACGUCCCCAAGAAGCUCGACGGCUCGAAAGCCUCGUCCCUCGACAUCGAGAAGAAGUCGUACAUCAAGGACGAGGCCCUCUUCCGCUUCGACUUCAACGAGGAGCAGAUGGCCGUCGAGAAGCUCCGUGAGGGUAUCAGCAAGUUCGCUGCCGACGCCGUCACCCUCAAGGACAUCCUCAAGAAGAAGGUUGAGGCAUAA